AUGUGCGGAACAAACGAUCAGCCAAAUAAAGGUUGUGGAAGUGUCAACCAGCUAGGAGGGAUGUUUCUCAACGGCAGACCUCUCCCGGAAUCCAAGAGGAGGAAAAUGAUUGAACUGGCCUCGGAGGGAGUCCGUCCGAGCCAGAUCUCCAGGAUACUUCGGGUGUCCAACGGGUGCGUCAGUAAGAUCCUGAGCCGCUACCGCCGCACUGGACUCCUGGAGCCCAAGACCAUUGGAGGGAGCCGACCUCGGCUUCUCACCCCCGGUGUCAUCACCUCGAUCAUCCAGUGCAAAAGGGAAAAUCCAACCAUUUUUGCUUGGGAAAUUCGAAAACGGCUUGCAACAGCACGAAUAUGCAAAGCCUCCAAAAUUCCCAGCGUGUCGUCUAUAAAUCGGAUUGUAAGAAAGAUCCAUUUGGACCACGGAGCGAUGUGCAUGGAGAUCAAUGCGCACAUCAGGGCUGAGCAGGAUUCGGAUUCCCUGAUCGAAGAAGAAGUGAUUGAGAGAAAGAUGUCUGAGACAGUACGCAGCAAUGACCAGAAGCCUAAAGCUGUCCAGCAGCGGAACCGCACCACCUUCACCCCGGAGCAGAGCACAGCACUCGAGCAAGAGUUCUCUCACAGCCAGUAUGCAGAUAUGUACACGAGAGAGAAACUGUCCGCUGAGAUCCAACUUCCCGAGGACACCAUCAAGGUCUGGUUUUCAAACAGACGGGCUAAAUGGAGGAGGGAAGCCAAACACAGGAGCAGUACAAAGAACCUUCAACAACAAAGAGAUUUCGUUCCUGUGAAUCCAACAAUACCACAUGGCUUCACAUCUCAACAGGCAACAGGAGUGUCAAGGGUCUACUGUGAAAAUUCAGAGGCCCCCCCUACCUACAACACUGUUGCUAGGACGUUGCAAAAUGGCUACUUUUUCCCAGCAGAAAGAGGUUUGACAAAUUCUGGACAUCUGACAUCCAUCUCAGUCCCACCCUCACUCAUCCAUCAGUCUAAUAACAUGAUGGCCCAGACCAUGGCAGACAAGACUCCACUGGAUCUCCACAGAGAUAAUAGAUUCACUUUCCCAUUGGUUCACCAUCACACAGACGCAAGGACAUCCCUCCCUUUGGCAACUGAGACAGUAAGAGCAGACCACCCUGUGGCACAGUGCUGGAACCAGCAGGGGAUUUCUUUUACAUGGAGCCCGUUUCAAACAGAUGAGAGGUUGUUAUUCGUACAGCAGCCCUGGGAUGUGAACCCACAUGGCUACCUGGACUAA